AUAAUCAGCUGUCAUUCUGUCACCUAUAUAAAAGUUACUGUAAACUAAAAACAGUUAAUUUAAUACUUAUAUAAAUUAUAUUUAUAUAUAACAGGGAACUCUUUUUUAAGAGACGAAGAAUAUGACUUGACGUAUUACAGAGUACUCACAAACAGUACAAAAGGGUGACAGAGUAACUUACUCUAGACUUUAUUUAAAAUAAAAUAGGUUCAAUACAAGACUAAGAUGACGACACCAGGAACUUCACAACCGGCCACGGUACAAGAAUUCAAAAUCAGGGUGCCAAAGAACGUGAAGAAGAAAUACCACGUGAUGAGAUUCAACGCGACCCUCAACGUUGACUUCGCGAAGUGGACUCACGUGAAGAUGGAGAGAGAGAACAACAUUAAGGAGUUCAAGGGAACGGAAGAGGAAAUGCCAAAGUUCGGCGCCGGUUCAGAAUACGGCAGGGAUGUGAGGGAGGAGGCUCGACGGAAGAAAUUUGGUAUCAUCUCGCGGAAAUACAAACCUGAAGAUCAACCCUGGAUACUGAAAGUAGGCGGGAAAACUGGCAAGAAGUUCAAAGGUAUCCGCGAGGGUGGUGUCUCUGAGAACGCAGCCUACUACGUCUUCACGCACGCCGCUGACGGAGCUAUCGACGCCUACCCUCUACAAGAAUGGUACAAUUUCCAACCGAUCCAGCGCUACAAGGCGCUUUCCGCCGAAGAAGCGGAACAGGAAUUUGGAAGACGUAACAAGGUGAUCAAUUACUUCUCACUGAUGUUCCGUAAACGUAUGAGAGGGGACGACGCGGCCGACGAAGACGAUCCCGAUGACAAGAAAACCAAGGGGGCGAAAGCUAAGAAGGAUCUGAAGAUAUCUGAAAUGGACGAGUGGAUAGAUUCCGACGACGAGUCCUCGGAUUCAGAAGGAGACAAAGACAAAGAGAAGGAGGACAGCGACUCCGGCACCAAAAAGAAGAAUAAGAAGAAAGCGGUGCCAAAGAAGAAGAAGAAGGUCAAUGAUGAGGCGUUUGAAGAGAGUGAUGAUGGAGACGAGGAGGGCAGGGAGAGAGAUUAUAUAUCAGACUCGUCGGAGAGUGAGUCCGACCAUGAGACGAAAGCCAACAAGGAGCUGAAGGGAGUCGCCGAGGAAGACGCUCUGAGGAAACUGCUGACAUCGGACGAGGGUACGGACUCGGAGCAGGAACAGAAACAAGAGUCGGAGGGAGAAGACGAGCCCACCAAGGAGGGGGAGGAGAGAGCGAGCAAACUCACCAAGAAGAAGAAGAAGGAAGACGCCAAGAGAGACACCAGCAGCGACUUCAGCUCAGACUCCGACACCGACCCCGAGAACAGCAACAAGAAACAGAAGAAAGGAAAGAACAAUGACGCGAAAAACAACAACGCGGGUGGUAGCGCGAGCACGUCUCGCUCGUGCACUCCCACACCUUCAAACGCGAUGUCCGCCGUGGCCGCAGCCAACGCCGCCAACAACCAGCCCGCCAAGAGAGCGAAGCUGGACCCCUCGUAUACGGAGUGCGGCGUCACGGAGGAAGCCGUGCGCCGUUACUUGACCAGGAAGCCGAUGACCACCACGGAGCUGCUGACCAAGUUCAAGUCCAAGAGGAGCGGCGUGUCCUCCGAGAGGCUCGUGGAGACCAUGACGCAGAUCCUCAAGAGGAUCAACCCCGUCAAACAGAACAUCAACGGCAAGAUGUAUCUUAGCAUCAAACAGACGUGACAUUAAAAUGUGACAUUAAAAUCCA